UGCUCGCUUCUCCGCUCUCCUACGCACUUGAUGCAUGUGCUGAUGCCAUGUUGACUGUGGAGCUCGUGGUGAUGUAGUAUGGCCCACGUCACAAAUCUUCAUCUGGACAUCGAGCCAGCAUCAGGUGGAGGAAUAUGGCGUCGCAGGAUGCUACAUGGCUCCGGCUCACCGGCUGCUUCAGCCAUGGGUGUCGGCGGUCGGAAGGAAUGGCUGAGGAAGCACCUCGUUGUGGUGUCGGAGGGCUCAGGAAGCUCGGCUCUCCUCCGCUCAGCCUCGGAGCCAAAGAACCUCCGUGAGUCGUCAAGUUCACUUGCACACUUGCCUCAGAUUUCGAACUUGCCUCGAUCAUCGACGCGGAUGACUUUGAAGUCUGGCUCAAGGCUCACUUUGGCUUCGCACAGCAGCGUUCAGCUUGAUGAACUUCCUCAACCUGGUGAAGGUUCUGAUGCAGAAAGCGAGAGAAGCACUAGAGCUGGCAGCAAAGAUACGGCUGGCGCAACAGGCAAUACUCCCUUCGGACAAAACACCGGGGAGUUGGAGAAGUUUGCAGCUGAGAAGCGUAAGAGCCAGGUUGGCCCCAAGAAGGGUGCGCGAGCGCAGUGGGCCAGUGCCUUGGAAAGUGCGCUGGAGGAAGCUGAUGUUCAGUUGCUCUUCCGAUUGGACCUCCCCUUGAUGGUGAAGGCAGUUGCAGACGGUGAAGUCACAUCACUCAAAGAAGUGGGUCCUCCAAAAUGGGAUAUGCUGAAGGCAAAUUCCUCCAAGUUGCUGAAGGAUUUGAAGAAAAGCAAGUCCUUUCGUCCUGGGCAGAUGGAAUCAUUGCAGGUUGUGCUCGACCUUUAUAGCUCACUGGAAGAGGAAGGCUGCAUGCAAGGAUUUGAUGCCUUGUGCAGAUCCUUUGCCUUCCUUUUUGGAAGCUUGGAGCAGGUGGAGAAGGUGCUUGACGUGAACCGCAACGGCACAUUGAGCACCACGGAGUUUUCGAUGGCAAUGUCCCUUGCGGGUUUGGACUUAAGUGCGAUUUGCGGACUUGAUGAGCGCGAAAUCUUCUUGGCUGUUGAUUCUAACCACACAGGCUCUAUUAGCAUAGAAGAGCUGAUUCGCUUGUGCAGCAGCAAGCCUGAGCCAGAGAGUUCAAAGAAGGGCAAGAUGGACAGAGCUCAGAAACAGCGGGAAGCCAAGGCGGCAGCUCAGAAGGCUAAGAAGAAGAUUCCGAUGUCUACCAGUGCAAUCAUUGAGCAAGCUGGCCUGAAGGUCGUGCAAGAGAAGGAAGUCGAAGGUGUGCGGUUCCAAGCCAUGGUCGUCCCCAAGGAAACGACCGGUUUUGCACAAACAGUGUCCGCUUCCAGCGCAGGCAUGGAUGCGUCGAUAGACGUGCACGAUGAAGAGGAAAUUGACGAAGUGCUUGAAGUGCUGGCCAAGGAGGAGAUACAUCGGGCACAGGCGAAAUGGAUUUCCAUCUCCAGGUGGCUGGCUUCUGUGCUAGGCGCGAUCCACAUGACACGCGCCAUGAUUUCCAUCCGCAGAGUGCCAGGAGCUGCAAGUCUGGCUGAUCCGGGAGAGAGAGCCAAAACAUGGGAAGAUGAAAGGCAACAAGCGUAUCAAGCUGUGAGUGAGGUGCCGAUGGUUCCCAUGGCAGCAGCUCUUCCCUUUGUACAUAAAGCUCAGGCCGACCCUUCGCCAGAUCCCGGAGGAAGCAAGGAAUCCGGAGACUCAGAGCUGCUCACGCUGAUGCAGGCUGGAGUCCACUUGGAUGACGAACUGGAGAGGCUUUUUCUUGAAGAAGCCAAUGAACUUGAGGGCGAAAAGAAGCUUUUGGACAAAGCUGGUACUCGAAAGUUCUUCGAGGAUCUGAUGCUAGCAGACUUCAAGUGGCACAAAGAAUUGAGAAUGGUGAUUCUGGACAGGUUGUAUGACGACACCUUGACCGUUCAAAAGGAAGAGGAAGGUUUCAGCAAAGGCUUGACGAUUCGCUCCCUUAAGGUGGUUCUCCAUCGAAUGCUUCGUGAUCGUACGGAGGGCUGGAUUGACUCCUUCAGGCUCAACAUCGAGCGGCAAUUGAAAAAGGGCAACAAAGCUGCAACUCGAGUGGCUCGAGCACUAGGUAUUUGACUCGACGUGUCGUGUAGAUCAACUUCGCUUGGAGGGCAAAGCCGAUUUCUUUGACUCCAGAUUAAAGCAAUACAUUUGCAUGCCGUGGUGUUAAAGUGAAUAUCCCAAAGGGUGUUCACCUUCGGCAAAAUGCCACCAUCACAAUCCUCCUGGAUGCAACUUUUUAUACAUCUCAAGAGAGCGUUGCUGCUCGGGAUCGGGCUCACAAAGUGAGACAAGAGAUUGCAAAAGCCACACCAAAGUGAACUGUCUACACGGCGGAAAUUAAAA